AUGGGGCGUGACAGCCGCGGGGAUCGCUACGCCCGACGCGGCGAUAUCGUCUCUGACAGGCAUGGCGUUGCCGAAAGCAGCGGCAGCGCCUCGAAGAAUUCCACACGCUACGGGCGUUAUGCCGGGAAACGGCGUUCACGUUCCCCGCAGAGCGGGCGGCGUGGUGCAAGCGAGGAGCGAGACAGUGACCGCUACCGGGGCAGGCGGCGUUCAAACAGUGAGGAGCAGCGGCGACGUCGGCACGGAACGGGCAGGGGCCGGUCAGGCAGCAAGGAGGUGACCAAGAAAGGCAGAGGACGCAGACGUUCACGAUCACUGGAGUCGUCGUCAUCUACCUCUAGCAUGUCGAGAAGAGGCGGUGGUGGUCGAAAACGCUUUGAGGCAGUAGAUAUGCGGGAGCUUCUACAGCCUGAGACGCCGACAGCUGCCGGUGGAACAGCGGCACCGUUGCCUGCCGAGAUGAUAAUGGCUCUCAUUCAACAACAACAGCAGCAGAUGCUGUUUCAGCAUCAGGACGCAGUGACAUCUGUAAGAGACGUUGUGAUGCCUACACCAGAUCCAACAGCUGCACCGGAGCCAGCACCGGUAGUACCAGCAGCUCCAGCCAAUGUUGAUACCACCAACGAGGCUCAGCAGUAUCAGCAGCAACCUCAGCAAGGGGGAGAAAAAAGAGAGGCGAACGAGGAGUCUGUGUCCAGGCCAGAAGUUCCAUCGAGGGUGUUACCUUCUGUGGCAGAUUUUGUUCCGGUUAUUCCAAAGAGUUUGUUGAGUCUUCUCAGUGCCCCGGGGGCCGCCAAUAAUGACGGUAGUAGUCAUGGUGGUGGUGGUGGUGGCGGUGGGUUGCCGGGCGCAAACGCCGGUGGUGAAGCCGAGGAUGGACAACAAGGAGCAUUGAUGACGACGACAGGCGCCUUAGCUGUUCUUCAGGCACCAAAGCUUUCACCAGAGGCAGAGCGGCGUGCUCGCGAGGCACGUCGGGCGCAUAUCUCUUGUUUUCCUCAAGGCACCACCCGGCAGGAGUUGUUGGACUACUUUACUACCAUUAUUCCCAUGGUGCGUCGUGUGAAGGUGCAGAAGGAGAUGGAUCGGUUUACUGAGAUAUUGCGUGAGGAAGGAGGUCCAAAGGCGGAUAUAGAGCGUCGUGAAAUCCCACCGGACGCCAUUGUGGAUGUGGAUCAUGUAAUUGAUCUUGCAGUAAACAGUGCAAAGUCGAAACCAUUUGCCUUUCUUGAGGUCAAUCUGGCAGAUCUUGUGACGGAGUUGGUGGAGGAAUCACAGCGUGAUCCAGAGCGGUUUACUUUCAUUGCUGCCGACGGACAAUCGUACCCUAUCACAAUUCGUCGACCACGGGAUUACCAAGCCUUGGCAGGUGUCGACAACCGCAAGGUUGUCAUGCUUGGGUUUCCAUCCACGCUUUCAAUGCAGAAGUUGAGGAUGGCUUUUGAGGAAUUUGGGCCGCUUCUUGCUUUUGACGUGAAAGCGGGAAUGGCCUACGGUGAAUUUGAAAAGGAGUCUGAUGCGAUCGAUUUCGUUGGCGACCUUCACGGCCAAACACUUGGAACAAACGUGGUGGUGCUGAUGCCCCUGUACGACUGGCUGAAGGUGGUGUGCACGCACGCCGACAUUGACGUCGCGCUUGACCCCGAUGACCCAGUCUCGGGUGCAUCCCUCCUGGCCAAGGAUGGUCAGGUAGCUGGCGCACUGGUGCCUGUGCUUGCCGAGGACGUUGAGAGGACGGAGGAGCCGGUGAACCACAUGAAGGAAUUGGUGGAAUUUGCCGUACAGUUGCCUGACGUCGUUCUGCACUUUGCUAAGACGUUUCCUCACCUUGCAACGCUAUACGGCAGCACCGUUCCUAUUUACCCCACUCGUGUCUUAGUGUUGUUGAACUUGUUCGAUGAGGAGGAGCUUGUGCUCGACGAUACGUACGAGCGGCUUGUGGACGAAAUCUCCGGCGAGGUGGAGAAGUACGGUCGCGUGAAGACGCUCAUUGUCCCUCGUCGUGCUCCACCUCCGAUUCCACCCAAGCCGCCUAAGAAUUACUUUGGAUCCCGGAUAAACAUGUCUAAGAAAAGUGGCGGUGGGGGUGGCCGUGAUCGUCGCCAGAAGCUCAGUCAGGGCGCUGGUGGUGCGUCAUCGGCGGCGCUCUACGUGCCUCGCGACGGUGCUCCACCGCUUAAGACAGAGAAUGAGGAGGGUGGGGCACUCGGGAGGAAUGAUUUUGACAUGGAUUACGUCGACGAAGAAGCGCAGUACGAGCAGGCCAAAGUAGAGUACCUUAGGGCACGCGAGGAGUACACUGAAAGACUUGUGCACCCAAUUCACGGUGGGUUUGGUCGUGUAUUUGUUGAGUAUGAAUCUGUUGAUGAGGCAGCAGAAGCUCAACGCGCGAUUGCUGGUCGUUUGUUUGGUGGACGCACUAUUGUGACCUCAUUUAUGUUUGAAGACGUGCUACACCCGCCCACUGCUGAGGAGAUGGAGGUGGAGGCAGACAAGAAGCUUCAGCUGUACUUGGAGUCCAUGGGCGCUGGCAGUGACGACGGAGAGGCGCAACCAGAAGAGGUGACGGCGGCCAAUGACACAGUGGACGACAGGGAAACCGCCCAGGUUGGAAAUGGGAUUGGUGAGGUGGAGGCGUCGAGUUAA